UAUCAAUAAAGCUCUUUUUCUGCUCCAUAUACAUCAGAGAUUGUUUUUUGUAUCAUGAGGAAGUCCUACCAUGUUUCCUUUGCCGGUUGUUUGUGUGUGUAAAUGUUCCCCUGUGGAGAAAUGAAAGAGAGAAAGAGGAAAACAGCCUCUGCAGCUCUUCAUCCUCGCACCAGCCCGGUGCUGACGGGCGUCACGGUCCGAGUUCAGUCCGCGGUCGGUGCAGCAGCGGCGGGCACGGCGGAGUGGAGCGGCCGCCAGUGUUCCUGUGGAGGCAGAUGGAGAGACGUAGUUCUUUGUAGCAGUGGAGGGGGAGUGGAGCAAUCUGAUUCUUAUGAACUCUGCUCCUCCCCUCGCUGCGGCUGCGCACUUCCAUUUUUCACUUUUUUUCAGUUUCUCACUCCUACUCUGGCUUCCGGACGCCUCGAACAGACCGCUGCCGCCGAAUUUAAAGAGACAGGCGAUAGUUAUUUUAAAAACGACCAACGCCAACCAUUGUCCCCGCCGCUCGUUCCCCUGCACUUCUCGCCUCGACUCGCUCCAAUUCGACGGCGAUGUUGGCUCCGAGUCGCGGCGAGUAGCAGCUCGUCUGUCAUCCCCCUCCACCGCGCUCCGUCCGUCCUUCCCCCUGCGCCGCCGAGGAGCCGACACUGUCCAGCCAGGCAAAGUAGAGGGCUGCUCGCUGGCUGGCAGGCGGGCAGGCAGCCUGGCUCCCCGACCCAGAGGAAGGUUUGUCGGCUAGCCAACAACUGGAGGUAACAACAGCGGGAGCUUCCCUCUCAAGUUGUGGUCGCGGCUCCGGAGCCUCCCCGUCGCCGGGAUAAUGGCGAAGCUUCAGGCGCACAGCACCGCGAAGCAAAUAAACCAAAUUCAAGACAAGCCUUACGUGGUGACACAAAAGCAAGUGCAGCAGCAGCAGCAGCAGCAGCACUUCCAGAAGCUGAAGGUCGAAGAUGCCUUGUCAUAUCUGGACCAAGUUAAAAUUCGGUUUGCGAAUGACCCCGGCAUAUACAACAAGUUUCUCGACAUCAUGAAAGAAUUCAAGUCGCAGAGCAUUGACACACCAGGUGUGAUAAACCGUGUGUCACAGCUCUUCCAUGGACACCCAGACUUAGUGUUGGGCUUCAAUGCCUUCCUCCCACCAGGGUAUCGGAUAGAGGUCCCCAAGAAUGGGAUGGCUUUCCUCCAGUCUCCGUUCUCUACACAGGUAUCCCCAGGCCAGCAGGGGAAGAGUCUCACCACCCCUGCAGUGCCCGCAACCUCAGGUAGUGCCUCUGCCGCCAACGUUGAAGCUGGACCCGCCCAAACCAGCGAAGUCAAGGCUGCCUCAUCAGAGUCCCUACCCUCUUCAACCUCAGCAGGACCCACAGAGCCCUCUAGCAGACUCUCUCUUCCCCUGACAAGCAGAGAGAGUCAGAAUCAGGCCACCACCUCAUCUGUGUCCCCACCCGCCUCAGAGACAAGCCCCGUAGAGUUUGACAGUGCCAUCAGCUACGUAAACAAGAUUAAAAAUCGCUUUCUAGAUCACCCAGAGAUCUACAGAGCCUUCCUCGAGAUUCUUCAUACAUAUCAGAAGGAACAGCUGGAGGUGAAGGAAAGUCGAGGCAGCCGAGGCAGCAGCGGAAUGACAGAAGAUGAGGUGUUUUCUAAAGUCGCCAGUCUCUUUAAGGGACAAGAAGACCUGCUGGCGGAGUUUGGACAAUUCCUGCCUGACGCCAAGAGAUCACUGUUCACAGGGAGCUCACUGACAGGGGGGAAAGAGCAGCUGAAAAGGCCGGAGGAAGAUGACGCGAUAACCAAACAGAACAAAAAGAGGCCCAGACCCAUCCUACUGCAGCACAUGUCCCCACUGCUGAAGAAAAAAAUGAAGUAUUCCUGUACCAAAGAUCAGUCCUUUGCUUCGGUCGGCAAGCACGGAGUUUUAAGAGAAUUCUCCUUCUUUGAUAAGGUUCGUCGCCUGUUUAAAAGCCAGGAAGUGUACGAGAACUUCCUGCGCUGCAUCGCCUUGUUUAACCAGGAAGUAGUUUCGGGAGCAGAGCUGCUUCAGCUAGUUACUCCUUUCCUGGGGAAGUUUCCUGAACUGUACACACAGUUCAAGUCAUUUCUCGGGGACAAAGAGCUCUCUCAUGCUGUGUCAGGGCUGUCGGAUCGCUACAUGGAGGGGGGAGGGGGCAGGGAGGUGGAUUAUGCCUCCUGCAAGCGCCUGGGUUCUAGCUAUAGAGCACUGCCCAAGACCUACCAGCAACCUAAGUGCAGCGGGCGCACUGCACUGUGCAAGGAGGUGUUAAAUGAUACCUGGGUGUCCUUCCCCUCCUGGUCUGAGGACUCCACCUUCGUCAGCUCGAAGAAAACUCCUUAUGAGGAGCAGUUGCAUCGCUGCGAGGAUGAAAGAUUUGAGUUGGAUGUGGUUCUGGAGACUAACUUGGCCACUAUCCGGGUGUUAGAGAGUGUCCAGAAGAAGCUGUCCCGCCUUUCACCAGAGGACCAGGAACGAUUCAGAUUAGACGACUGCCUGGGCGGCACCUCUGAGGUCAUCCAGCGUCGCGCUGUGUAUCGUAUCUAUGGCGAUAAAGCCCCCGAGAUCAUUGAGGGACUGAAGAGGAGUCCUGCCACUGCUGUGCCUGUGGUGCUCAAGAGGUUGAAAGCCAAGGAAGAGGAAUGGAGAGAGGCCCAACAGGGUUUCAAUAAGAUAUGGAGGGAGCAGUACGAGAAGGCCUACCUGAAGUCCCUCGACCACCAAGGAGUCAACUUCAAACAGAAUGACAUGAAGGCCCUGCGGUCAAAGAGUCUUCUCAAUGAGAUUGAGAGCGUCUAUGAUGAGCGUCAGGAGCAGAGCACAGAAGAAGGUGGCAUCGGCCAGCAGGGACGUAACGGCUCUGGUUCUGCCUCAUCAAGUGAGCCUCACAUGGUGUUCACGUAUGAGGACAAACAGAUCCUGGAGGACGCCGCCUCACUUAUCAUCUACCACGUCAAACGGCAGCCCACCAUCCACAAAGACGACAAGGAUCACAUAAAGCGCAUCAUCCAGCACUUUGUCCCCGACCUGUUCUUCUCUCGCCGCGGUGAGCUCAGUGAUACUGAAGAUUGGACAGAUGAGGAGGCUGAGCCUGAGGAUGGAGGCGAGGGAGGUGAGGGUGGAGAGGGAGGCGAGGGAGGAGAGAGAGGGGAGAGAGGGGAGAGAGGGGAGAGAGCGGAGAGAGGGGAGAGAGGGGAGAGAGGAGAGAGAGGAGAGAGAGGAGAGAGAGGAGAGAGAGGAGAGAGAGGAGAGAGAGGGGAGAGAGGGGAGAGAGGAGAGAGAGGAGAAAGAGGAGGUGCAGGUAGAUCAGCAGCAGUCCCAGCAGUCGCAGCAGCAGUAGUAGGAGGAGGAGGAGGAGGAAAUGGUAAUCCUAACAAUGCAUCAGGAGCUGCAGCAGCCACAGGUAGUCAGUCUCAACCCCUACCUGCCCAGCCUCAGACACAACCCCAGCAGCAGCUCAAUGGCGAGUCCAGGCGAAGGCGCUGCAGCCCGUCCCAAACUGCGGAACCAGAGGCCUCCACCACCUCCAUCAGCAUGAGUCAGGCUGCAGGGACCGCCACAUCCACCCCUGUAUCUACUCCUAUGGAGAUGGGUUCUGGUGUAGCCGGGGAGAAGGUGGACCUUCGCGACCCUGAAGCAGAGCACCAGAAGGAGCUGGACGGUGUCUACAACCUUUUUUUCGUCAACAACAACUGGUAUUUCUUCUUGCGGCUGCACCAGACUCUGUGUUCGCGGCUGCUGCGAGUUUACCGACAGGCUGAGCGGCAGCUGCUGGAGCACCGAGCUGAGCAGAGCAGAGAGAGGCUGCUGAUGGCGGAGGGACGGAGGGAAAAAGCAUGUGACCUCGCCAUGGAGCUCCGCCUCAAACCGCCCAGUGAAGUGGAGUUGGAGGAGUAUUACCCAGCCUUCCUGGACAUGGUGCGCAGUCUGCUGGAUGGAAACCUGGACUCCACACAGUACGAAGACACGCUGAGAGAGAUGUUCACUAUCCACGCCUACAUCGGCUUCACCAUCGACAAGGUCAUCCACAACAUUAUUCGACAGCUGCAGCACCUGGUGAGCGACGAGGUUUGUCUGCAGGUGGUGGAUCUUUACUUGGCUGAGAGGAAGCGGGGGGCAGCAGGGGGGAACCUCUCCUCUCAGUGUGUCAGAGCUGCUUGGGAGACAAGCUACCAGUGGAAAGCUGAGAGAGUCAUGGCUGAGGAGAACUGCUUCAAGGUGAUGUUUAUCCAAAACAAGGGUCAUGUGACGAUGACCAUUGAGCUGCUGGACACUGAGGAGGCCCAGGCUGACGACCCGUUAGAUGUGCAGUGCCUGUCGAGCUACAUGGAGCAGUUUGUAGGAACAGAGUCUAGUCUGUGCUCUCAGGCAGAGGGCUACUUCUUCAAGCCUGUAUUUUUGCCCAGGAACCUGCGGCGUUUCCGUCGCUGGCAGGUGCGGCAGGUGGAGGCGAUGCGCUGCAGGAGAGAGUGGCACCGCCAGCUGGGCGUGGAAAACGCCGGGAGUUUGGACUGUCGCUUUAAACUCAACACUCACAAGAUGGUGUUUGUCAUGAACUCUGAGGAUUACAUGUACCGCAGAGGAGCGCUGGUCAAGGCCAGGAAGUCGCAGCACAGAGUGGCAGCGACCCAGCACGACCGCUUCGACAAGUGGCACCAGGGCUGGCUGGCCAAUCACGUGACUGCCUCGGCUGAACGCUCAGUGCAGAACUGGCUGAUGGGUGAGGAGGAGGAGGACAUGAUCCCCUGCAAGACCACCUGCCUGUCGACCGAGGUGAAAGGGCAAACGGUCAACAGAUACCAAGUUCAUUACAGCAGUAGCAAAGCCCCGGCCUCACCUUAGAGGCCUGCUUAGAGUUGGACGUGCAGUACACUCACACACAUACACACAUACAUACACACAUACAGGUAAAUGCAUGGACUUACAGGACAUUUAUACACUAAACACAGACAUGAACAGCUGCAUUCACACUUCUCCACAACAUGUUCACUCACUCACUUCCACUCAUGGAUGAAGAAACUAUCAGAAAAACAGAGUGAAUGAGUGAGAGGAGAGGUAACGUGGAGAAAUGGACCAACACACAGACGCAGUGCAGUAAUAAUCAGUGGGAGUAAACUCGGCCCCGAUGGACGGGCCGAGACGGACACGACAGCACAAACGGAGAUCGUCUUUCCUCAUCCUUCUGACUUCUCUGGUGGCACACAGCAGCAGCAGUUGAUAGGACUGAUGGACAGGGACGGUUGAUCAGGUGAGAAGUUCUGAGUUCUGAGAUCAUGACAUUUGUUUCAGAAAUGUGAAUGUCUGUUUUUGUUUUUUUUCCCUUUUUUUAAGUCAAGUGUAGUUUUUAGCUUCUAAAGCCAGAGAGCCUUCUGCUUGUUGGUUGAUUUAUGCGUGUUUAUAUGGAGAGAUAACGGUAAACGUGUGUAUGUAUGUGUAUCCUGCUCUUCAUUUUGUCUGUUUGUAUGCCCAGUACAGGCUCUACAACUCCAGUAAUUGCAUUAUUACUGUAUGUGCAUAUAUAUACAACAGGGAUCCUGUAUUUUUAUAUAUGCAUCUACGCGAGUCGAUCGAUACAUCUGAAGAUCAUGUGGUUCUUUACAGUGUUUGCUGUCGGCCAACUCUUGAUGUUUGCAGUCUGUUUCUUUUUGGUAUCUUUUAUUUUUCCCUUUUUUGUGUUGUAGAGAUACAAGUUAUCACCAGGGUAACAAGGAGUCCUUAAAAAUAAUUGGUUUAAUAUUGAUGAAGCAGUCAAAUUAUGUAUCAUAUUCAUGAUUUCACCAAAUGUUUACUUUGCAUCGUCUUUUUUUUUUUGCAUACUGACAUUGAAAAUAAAAGCAAAAUAUCAGUGUUAAAAUAGAAUGUAUAACAUUUAUCCUGUAUCAGUUAUCAUAAAAUAAACAACCUAGUUGUGACCUUCU